ACCCCGCAGCCACCGCCCGCUCCCCCCGGCUCGGCGGCCGCCGCCCGCAGCACCCCGCCGCAAACCUUCCUCUUAUCCCCUGCCUGGAAUGGAGAUUUCUUCCCACCAGUCUCACCUCCUGGAGCAGCUGAACGAACAGCGGAAGCAGGACUUGUUCUGUGACUGCAACAUCCUGGUGGAGGGAAAGGUUUUCAAAGCCCAUCGCAAUGUGCUGUUYGCCAGCAGYGGCUACUUCAAAAUGCUCCUUUCGCAGAGCUCGAAGGAGACGAGUCAGCCRACAAUAGCCACGUUUGAGGUCUUCUCUCCAGAGACGUUCAUGGUUAUCCUGGACUUUGUGUAUUCAGGGAUAUUGUCUUUAACGGGUCAGAAUGUUAUCGAAGUCAUGUCAGCUGCCAGCUAUCUGCAGAUGACAGAUAUUCUCAAUGUCUGCAAGACCUUCAUUAAGUCCUCRCUGGAUAUUAAUGAAAAGGAAAAGGAUCAUUACCUCAGCCUCUCCGCCAAAAGCGCAAGCAUUGAACCCGCCCGGCCGACUCUUUAUCGGUCCAGAAGGAAAGCAAAGAGCAACCCCCGGCGUUCCUGCUCAGUCCCGGAUGAAAAGCCUAAUGGGAAUGAAAACUCCUGGAGCAGUUACAGCAGCUACCUGUCCUCACAGGGGAUCCUGCAGCAGGCAGAGACGCAGCUGUCCAAGAGAGGCAGGAAACAGGGYUCCACGAGGAAGCGCCGCAAGCACCUGGGGCUGUCCCAGAGCCGGGAGCCGGGAGGGUGCAAAUCGGACAGAGCRGAGCGAGCUGGAGCCUCAGAUUCCAGUCACAUCUCCCGGGGGGAAGAGGAGGCWGAGUUUGAUGCUGAGAACGACGUGGAUCAGGAUGAUUAUGGAUAUCACGGAGCAGAGGCUGUGUCCAAGAGGUGGUCAGUCGCUCAGCUAGAACAAGAACUUUCCAGAACUCCUGAGUUAAUGGAGUUAAAGGCAGAAGAACUGUACACCUCCAUGCCCACAAUUUUAGGGGUGAUGAGUAGUUGGAAUGAAGGUGACCUGCCCCGGAUGCGAUUCAAGUGCCCGUUCUGCACCCACACGGUGAAGCGCCGCGCUGACCUGAAGCGUCACCUGCGCUGCCACACGGGGGAGCGGCCCUACCCCUGCGAGGCGUGCGGGAAGAGGUUCACCCGCCUGGAGCACCUCCGGAACCACUUCCAAACGAUACACCAAGCUGGCAAACUGAUUUGCAGGAAGUGCAAGCGGCACGUCACGGAGCUCACGGGCUGCGUGGUUCAGCAAGGGACACGACGCUACAGACUGUGCCACAAGUGCUUGGCAGAAGCCAAUUUUGACAGCAUCCCCGAGGAUUUYGAUGUAUCUGAACAUUCUCCUGUCYCCUCCACGGGAAACAAACGGCCCAAAUGGGCUUUGGAGGAGGAGCAGAAAUCAGAUGAAGAGACAAUGGAGGAGGAACCCUAUAAUUUGGUUGUCCGACACAAUAAUGAUGAUAUUCCAGAGGAGGYAGAGGAAAAGGUGAAGCCAAAUCUUAGGUAGAUCUGUUUGUGUUUUUGUUAUUGUUGUGUUYCAGAUUCAAUGACUCAUGUCCUACCAACUAAUGCUGGUUUUUCAAUAAAACAAAGUAUUGCUUAAAUUCUGUUCUGAGAGGCAAAAUUUGGACGAAAGCAAGUUGUUUUGUACUUGYAGACGUGGAACAGUGUAAUUGCUUUUAAAUGUCAUCCAGAAAGCACUGAGAAUCAUAAAAUAGCCUGAGUUGGAAGGGACCCACAAGGAAACAUGGAAGUCCAACUGCUCACUUAUUAUCUGGAAACUAUUUAGGAGCAUUGGUUUAURUUUUAUCAAAGACUUUCUCAGAGCUCCUGAAAGUGUGAACCAAUUUACAGUUCUGCAAAGGUUCUGYACUGUCAGAUUUUUAAAAAACAAAUAUUGCUAAUUUGCUUUUGAAAAACUCUUACUGAAGUGAGCAGCUGAGAAAUGUGAAAACACUUUUUUUUUGUGGCAUUGUAAUUAACUUGUACAUACACCUCAGAAACUUCCUAAGAAAGGAGUGAAGGAAACAAAUUGAAUUCUUCCUGUUGAAGAACCUAUUUACCAGACCUUUGUUUUCUCACUGAAUUUACAGCUUCUUAUAGUAAAGCAUGAUUUAGGAAUUCCCACAGCCAGAGUAGAGUAGGUGACCAGAGCAUCUGUAGUGCACUUGGGUAGUAUGAAUUUGCCUUUUUCUUUUUUUUUUUUUUUUUUUUUUUUUUUUU